UCAUUAGAUAGCCUUCCCCAGGAAGAGAUCUUUAGGCUGCUGGACUAGGACACAAGACCAGGAGGAGAAACUGAGGCAGGCCUCCCCUCCCAAGAGGGUCAUUGCAACAUGUGACCCAAGGGAGCUGCGAAGGCAGCCCCAGCCCCGCCUACUGUUCCUGGGUGUUAAUCCCCGGCACGGACCACUCAGAGGAUUGGCUGAGUAGCUUGGAGAGGGGCGUCGCCACUGCCUCGCCCAAAGGUUAAAUAGGGGCGCAGGCAAGAUGCUCUGAAGUGCUGUAUUUCCCUGAACCAGACCAUGACCCAGACCCGUAAGCUCGCCUCCAGAGUGUUUCAUCGCGUCCUCUGUGCUUCUGACCUGGGCGCUUUACUGGGCUCCCGAGGUUACAACUCAGCACCCCGGAGCUUGGCGGACAUCCCAGGCCCCUCAACGCCGGGCUUCCUUGCGGAACUUUUCUGCAAGCGGGGGCUGUCACGGCUACACGAGCUGCAGGUGCAGGGGGCCGCUCGCUUCGGACCUGUGUGGUUGGCCAGCUUCGGGAAGGUGCGCACAGUGUACGUGGCGGCCCCUACCCUCGUUGAGCAGUUGCUGCGACAGGAGGGACCCCGGCCCGAGCGCUGCAGCUUCUCACCAUGGGUUGAGCACCGUCGCCGCCGCCAGCGGGCUUGCGGACUGCUCACCGCGGAAGGCGAAGAAUGGCAGAGGCUCCGCAGCCUCCUGGCCCCGCUCCUCCUCAGGCCUCAAGCAGCCUCCCGCUAUGCCAGGACCCUGGACGACGUGGUCCUUGACCUUGUGCGGAGACUGCGGCGCCAACGGGGACGCGGCGCUGGGCCACCCUCCCUGGUUCAGGACGUAGCCGGAGAAUUUUACAAGUUUGGACUAGAAGGCAUAGCCGCGGUGCUGCUCGGUUCGCGCCUGGGUUGCCUGGAGGCAAAAGUGCCUCCAGACACAGAGACCUUCAUCCGCGCGGUGGGAUCCGUGUUUGUGUCUACGCUGUUGACCAUGGCGAUGCCCAACUGGCUGCACCGACUCGUGCCCGGACCCUGGGGCCGCCUCUGCCGAGACUGGGACCAGAUGUUUGCAUUUGCCCAGCAGCACGUGGAGCAGCGAGAGGCCGAGGUAGCCAAAAGGAACCAGGGAAAACCUGAGGAGGACAUGGGAUCUGGCGCGCACCUGACCUACUUCCUGUUCCGGGAAGAGUUGCCUGCCUCGUCCAUCCUAGGGAAUGUAACAGAGCUGCUACUGGCCGGAGUGGACACGGUGUCCAACACACUCUCCUGGGCUUUAUAUGAACUCUCUCGGCACCCCGAAGUCCAGACCGCACUCCACUCUGAGAUCACAGCUGCCCUGGGCCAGGGCUCCAAUGCCCACUUCUCAGCCACUGCUCUGUCCCAGCUGCCUCUGCUGAAAGCAGUCCUCAAGGAAGUGCUAAGACUGUACCCUGUGGUACCUGGAAAUUCCCGUGUUCCAGACAAAGACAUUCGUGUGGGUGACUAUAUUAUCCCCAAAAAUACGCUGGUCACUCUGUGUCACUAUGCUACUUCAAGGGACCCUGUCCAGUUCCCAGAGCCAAAUGCUUUCCGUCCAGCUCGCUGGCUGGGGGAGGGUCCAGCCCCCCACCCAUUUGCAUCUCUUCCCUUUGGCUUUGGCAAGCGCAGCUGCAUGGGGAGACGCCUGGCAGAGCUUGAACUGCAAAUGGCUUUGGCCCAGAUCUUGAUCCACUUUGAGGUGCAGCCUGAGCCAGGUGCUGCCCCAGUCAGACCCAUGACCCGGACUGUCCUGGUACCUGAGAGGAGCAUCAACCUACAGUUUGUGGACAGAUAGUCCUGUGGAAGAAGGCGGUCAUCAUCAUCCUUUCUCUCAUCUUAGGGGUGUAUUAGGCACAAAACCAAGAGACCUGUAUUUCCCCUGAGGCCUCUCUAUCUGACCAAACUGGUCAGAAUGACCACAACAAAGUGCUUGAGGCAGCCCUGACCAAGGUAUGAAGUAUGCACUUGGCCUCACCGAGAAGUCCCAGAGAAAACUAUGGUUCCUCUACCUGCUCAGCCCUUCUCCUGGUCAUAUCAUAUGCAUCCUUCAAGGGCCAAUUCAGACUUUAACUAAUAAUGCUGGCUGACCUGAGGAAGAAUUCCACCACUGCGCUUUUGGGGCUUCCGGUGUUCAUUGAUGCUGCUGGCUAAGCUCUUAGCACGGCAUGAGCUAAGUAAUUGUGCAUCUGGUCUGCACCUGCUUGGUCGUCUCUCCUUGCAUGUGAGCUCUAUGAGACGCAAGGUGAGGCCUUCGUUAGUCUUUAUAUCUCCUGCCAGGGCCUAUCCCUGACUAGGUGACACCAUGCAGAUUCUCAGACUGGAUCUGGACCAUGUGGCAGAAAAGGGGUAAGCAGCUUACCAAGCUCUUGUCUAUACUAUACCUUUCUCAUCUCGCCCCUAGGAAGGUGAGUCUGCCCUUCCCUGGUUUAUAAUUUUUUAAAACUCUCCUUGCCCCUCUGGUCACUAUUGGGUUGUCUUGCCCCACCACUUUGUUCCCUGGCAGAGACAUCUCUGGACCUUUCCCUGCACAUGCCUUCCUUUUAUGUAUUGAAAAAUGUAAACGUUCAUAGUUUUGAAAUUAAAAAAAUUGAAUGUC